CAAGAGUAGCAGGCUCGGUAGCUUGACAAACUAACGCUGGGAAGCCUCUGCAGUGCUGGCGUGCCGUGACCCUCUCCGCCACUACCACCAUAAUCAGUGUCACCGCUUAUGGCCGCGGCGGUGGAGGGUCCCACUUAGAGGGUCAGAACAGACAGGCCAGACAGAAAGUUUGCCUGGUGAUAUGAAGGCUUGGUGACUUUUGUGAAGGCCUGAAGAAGAGAGGAUUGCCACUCCCUCCGAAAAAGGUUAGAACAGACAGGCAAGAUGUGAAACUAAUACAAACACACACUUGGUUGCUCAAUGCUGAGGUGAGGACUUGGCGAAGCUGGUGAACGCCUCAGAAAAGAAAGAAAGAAAGAAAGAUUACUGCCCCCAGGAAAGUGUCAGAACAAGCAGGCGAGACAUGGAGGAGCUGGUGAAAGUCUCAGAAAAGAAUCUUAAUGCUUCACGACGCUGAGUUAUCGAAAGGAAGUCAUUUGUGAAGAAGAGGGUCAGCGCUUAAAAAGAAAAAGAAAACAACAACAAAAAAAGGACUCCAGUGAUUUCCGACGCAGAGCCAUCGACAUAAUUUCUUAUACGAGGCGGGACAGCAUGUUACGCGGGAGCCUGACGUGUGUAGUUGCUGCUAUAGAGAGGAAGUAAGGGUCGACAGGUCCAGUAUGCCUGUGGGGGCCUCCCGUGCCGCGGCCUGGGUGGUUGCGGUGACGGUGCUGGCGGGCCUCGGCGCCGCCAACCCGGACUACGAGUACCCUUGGGUCACGGCCCAGGGCUCCCCCUCCUCCGGCAAGGUGGCCUCCCCAACCUUCAACAUCACCGCCGUGCUGGCCGGUAUGGAGGAGAGCAAGGAGGUGCCCGCUGGUCCGCGCCUUGUGUCUCGCCUCUACUCCCGCCUCAUCCUCUCGAGGGGCGCCUCCACCACCCUCAACUGCACCGUGGAGGAGGCCGGCAACGUGGGGGUGUCUUGGGUGAGGAACGAUGAGGUCCUCGCCGUGGGAAGGUACAGGUAUACCAACGACCAGCGGAUGGCCGUCCUGCACGAGGAGGGAGCGAAGGACUACAGCCUGCGCCUCUCCCACCUGCAGCCCGAAGACUCCGCCCUGUACGAGUGCAGGGUGGCCACCGAGCCCCUCCAGGUAGCCAAGGUGAAGCUGAUCGUCAUUGACGCCUAUUCCGUCAUCUUCGGGGCGAAUGAGGUACGGGUGACGGCGGGCGGCAAGCUGUUCCUGCUGUGUCUGGUGCUGCAGGUGACGGACGUGCCGGAGUACAUCUUGUGGUACCAGGACGAGACGGUCAUCGACUACUUGCGACCCUCCAUCACGGUGAAGACCGAGGAGGAGACGCGGUCGAGCGAGCUUCAGAUCCACAACAUCAGCUUCAGCGACGCCGGAAACUACACGUGUCACCCCUCCAACGCCGCGCCCUCCUACGUCAUAGUGCACGUUAGCAACAACACCAACAAGAGGACUGGCAAGGCGCAGAAGUGUGACGAUUGCGUGCUCUUCAUCCAGCUGGGCGCCACUUUCGCCUUCUUCACCCUCAGCUUCCUCGUGGCCUUCUGCUUCCACAGCCGAGAGAACGACGUGGAGCCGCCGCCCCCGCAGGAUGACUACGAGAACUACUACUACAGCGACGACAAAAUGCUGUGAGGCGCCCCUAGCCAUUCCUAUCCGAGGACUGAAGGACGUGGAGUCAAGGAUCGAGGCGAGGGGGUCCAUUGUUGAGAAGGUUUAUUGAGUAGUCGAGUCAGUGAUGGGAGCAAUGGAGUUUGAGAAUGGUGGAGUAGUCUGCUUGGAAGGCUGUUUGUUAGGGAAUGUUAGUGACACUUUCAUGCAAUUUGUUUUAUUAUAUAUUAAGCAAGGGCAGAAUGUUGUAAUGAACUUAUAGUGGUAAUGACGUUAUUACUACCGGUAUGUGUGUAAACCUAAAUACACACACACACACACACACACACACACCUGUCUAGUUUCGACCACCUCUUUUGAUUCUUUUUUGUAGGAGCAGCGAGUAGCGGGCUUUUUUUUAUUAUUGUUUCCUUAUGUUGUGCCCUUGAGCUGUCUCCUUUGUUGUAAAAAAAACAAAAAAACAUCUCCAUUAUCUCUAGCCAUUACUGGUUCAUUGCAGGACGAAGGUCAUUCCUAUCGUCCUCCACCUCUCGGUUUGAUGUUAUAGUUUAUAGUGACUCCUAAAGCUUCAAUUUCACACCACGUUGAAAACACCGCUUCUCGUCCGAUCUGCCUGGGGCCGGAUUCAUGAAGCCACUACAAGACCGGUCGUUGAUAAGUCUUUUUAGUAAAUUAGUCCA